AGUGAUAAUAACUGAUUAAUUGUUUUAUCGAACUUGGUAUUGAUGACAUUGAUGACCCCUUCAAUGAAUUAAGUGACUUAUAUCAUCAGUUUUGUUGGUGCUAUCUACUAGAGCGGAGUGGAUGAGAUUCGGUUGCAGAAAUCGAUUGAUUGAUUGGAUGCAGAAAUGAUUCCUUCUCGACACGCCCCACGACUUUUGGAAAAUGCCAAAAGCUGCAUUAACUUGUCCAAGAAGGCUUUGAGUACCGAAAAGGUUAUCCAUAAGGAAGAGAAGUAUGCAGCCCAUAACUACCAUCCUCUACCAGUUGCUCUAGCGAAAGGACAAGGUGUUUUUGUAUGGGACGUCGAAGGAAAAAGAUAUUUUGAUUACUUAAGUGGUUAUUCCGCCAACAAUUUUGGUCACUGUCAUCCGAAAAUCGUCAAAGCUUUACAAGACCAAAGUGCAGUACUUCACCACACAUCCAGAGCAUUUUUUUCCGAUCAACUUGGAGAAUAUGCAGAGGUUCUAACCAAGCUUUUUGGGUACGACAAGGUUUUGCCGAUGAAUACAGGUGUUGAAGCCGACGAUACUGCCUGUAAAUUAGCCAGGAAAUGGGGAUACAGAAAGAAAGGGAUACCCAAAAAUCAGGCCAAAAUUAUUUUUGGACAAGACAACUUUUGGGGAAGAUCUUUGGCAGCAGUGUCAGCGUCUACAGAUCCCACUAGCUAUGAGGACUAUGGACCGUUCAUGCCUGGCUUUAAAAUUAUACCUUACGACGAUCUGAAGGCAUUAGAGGAGGAAUUAAAAGAUCCCAACGUAUGUGCCUAUAUGGUUGAACCAAUCCAAGGAGAAGCCGGUAUUAGAGUACCAUCUCCAGGUUAUUUAAAAGGCGUCAGAGAACUCUGCACCAAAUACAACGUCCUUUGGAUUGCCGAUGAAAUCCAAACUGGUUUAGGAAGAACUGGAAAAAGACUGGCUGUAGAUUACGAAAAUGUCAAGCCUGAUAUUCUGGUCCUUGGAAAGGCGCUGGGAGGUGGGGUUUAUCCAGUGUCAGCUUGCUUAGCUAACGAUGAUGUUAUGUUGGUGAUUGAACCAGGUACUCACGGAUCCACCUUCGGAGGUAACCCUCUAGGUUCUAGAGUAGCAAUUGUUUCCCUAGGAGUUUUAGAAGACGAGAACAUCGCAGAAAACGCUUUCAACAUGGGAGAGAUCUUCAGAAGAGAGCUUCAAAGCAAAUUAAAUAAAGAUAUUGUAACGGAAGUUAGAGGAAAAGGUCUUUUGAACGCUGUAGUCAUCAACAGAGGUGUAGCUGAUGCGUGGGAUGUAUGUUUGAAGAUGAAAGAGAACGGUCUUAUUGCCAAACAUACUCACGAAGACAUCAUUAGAUUUGCCCCUCCUCUUGUUAUUAACAAGGAACAACUCGAAGAAUCUAUUAACAUUAUUGUAAACACUAUUAAUGGCUUACAAAAAUAAAGUGUAUAUUUUGUAUCAUAA